AUGAUAAAUAAUACAACAGCUUUUCAAGAUGCAGUGGCACGUGCGAGAGAAAUAGCACAGAAAUUAACGGCAUCAGCGCCAAAUACACCAGGAGCACCAUCAUUGAAACGGCCGCUUAACGAAGAUGAUUUAUCAAAUAAGCGCUCGUCUAUAACUUCGCCGACACAAUCGGCUGAUGUCUCAUCACCGGUCCUACGAGCACAAUUAAUAGCACAACAAAUAAACUCGCAACUAGGCGUAAAAUCAUCCGGUGAUCCAUCAUUGCCAUUAUCAAAUCAGCUAACAUUUCAGGAAGAUUACAAGAUUCCCGACAAAUUCGUUGGUUUAAUUAUUGGUAAAGGUGGCGAACAGAUCAUUCGAUUACAAGCAGAAAGUGGCUGUAAAGUGCAGAUAUGUCAAACGCGCCCAGAACCAGUACCAGGAGGUCCAAAUCCACCUGAUCGUGUAGCGAACUUGUCCGGUACGCGAGAAGCUAUCGAACGUGCGAGACGAAUUAUGGAUGAGAUCAUAUCGAAAGGAAGAAUGGCUGAAGGCGGAUCAAGCGGUGUAAAUCCAUAUUCGUUAGGUGGAACCAGUGUCAAAACUAUCGAUGUUAUGUUACCAUCGUGUAAAUGUGGGUUGGUUAUUGGUAAAGGUGGAGAAAAUAUUCGACGAGUAUCGGAAGAGUUUGGUAUUAAAAUGUUUGUUGGACAAGAAACAAGCGACAUUGACGGUAUUGAGCACAAACCAUUGAAAAUCACCGGAGAAGCAGAUAAAGUCGAACGCGCCAAACAAUAUGUACUUGAGACAUUAUUGAAAUCGGGCGGUGGUUCAUUUCCAAAUCGUUCGGGUUCAAAUUCGAAUGGUUCGGGUUCGUUCAAUGAGUAUGGUUCACGAAAUGGUGGUGCGCCAUCGAGCGGCCCAUGCAAUGAAGCAACCUAUCACACGCCUCACGAUAGAGCGGGCAUAGUUAUUGGCAAAGGCGGUGAAAGUAUCAAAGAGAUCAAUCGAAAAUCGGGAGCUUUUGUUGAACUUGACAAAACAUAUAUACCUCCGAUCGGAAAUUCAUUGGAUCGUCUAUUCAGACUACGUGGUACACCAGAACAGAUCGCGUCAGCACAGCAAUUAAUGUAUGAAAAAAUUGCCAAUAGUCCUGGUGGCGCCGGUGACUUGUUGACACCGCUCCAAUUUCAACAACAAUUCAAUCUUCCAUUGAUCGGGUCAUCUCAUACUGAUGCAUGGAGUGGUAGCACUGAUCCUUAUGCAACUGAUGCGACUGGAGCAGCUGGUACUGAUCCAUACAGUCUAUGGGCAAGUGCUUACGGGCAAUGGGCUCAAGCUAAUCCUUAUGAUACCAGUGGAACAGACGGCAAAUCAUCCUCAACAGAUGCUUCGGCAAUGGCUCAGAUGGAUCCAGCAUGGUUAGCUUAUUAUCAAUCGAUGAGCUAUUACAGCAUGAUGCAAGCAGGAAUGACGGGUACGACUUCGUCUGGUGUAUCGACAACUACGACAACAACGGCAACGGAUUCGACGGCAACAGGCAAUAGUAGUUCAACUACAUCUGGCCAACCUGAUUAUAGUCAACAAUGGAUUGAAUAUUAUCGUUCAAUUGGACAAAAUGAUGUUGCUGAUCAAAUUAUGCAACAGAUGAAAAGCGCGGUACAUCCAAUGUGUCGUCCGAGAACUCAUCCACAACUUAUCCACAUGCAAAUGGGGUUGAUGCAACAGCUACAAAUGGUAACAACUCAUCAACUGCGUCUUCUUCUUAAGGUAAACAAAAAGCAUGCUUGA